GACAAAUGUUAGGUUAGCGUGAACACAGCAACUGCAGCCAAGCCAGUAAGUUGGUGUGUUUAUUAGCUUUGGCUUACCUGAUAACUUCUUACUGCUUCCACAAAAAGUUUAAUAUUUCAUUCUCCGAUGUACUGUGAGGCACUAAACCCUUAACGUUAUGCACACACACAAAUGUGAAUGUAACGUGAACUUGACAAGAAUGCACCUCUUGUGUUUGCAUGAGUUGGGCAGAUGAUCCAGAAGUGUUAACUGUUAGCUCCGUUAGCCAGUCAGUUAGCUAAAACAGAGAGUCUGUUGGGAAGCCCCUACAAUACCCCCCACGGCUUUCUCUAUGUUCUCAGUUUCGCUCGACUUGAUCUCGGUGACAUUUAUGCCAUUCUUUAUCGCCUUCGACUGCUUCGCUCCCAACGUCCCCUCACACAACGCCACGUCAGUCACUUAGCUGCAGCCUGCUUGUUAGCUAGCGUAAGGUAGAUCACAAACUGCCCGCUGCCUGGGUACUUCUAGGGCUAUAGGAAAACACGGAAACUUAGUGUUUUGUGCUGUAAGUAAUUCAGCCAGUUGAGCACAUAUUUUGCUGGUGGCUAGUAAGUUGUUUUUGUUGAGUUGUAGCGUGCUACAUACAGUAUCACCUCAUGUACUCACGAAGUUGUGCAAACUGCAGAGCUUCAGAAGUUUGCUGUGAAAUGUACUGCACUUUGAUCCUUUGUUACUGCUGGAAUGACCUACCACACAGAUACACGUUUCAGAGAGGGAGAGACGGAGGAGGGAAGGACACUUUUAGGUUUUCCUGCCCUGUAGUUGACCACAGCAACACUCUUUCCUCCUCUCCUACUUCUCUGUUCAUUUAAUGCUGACCAGCGGUGUUUGGGCGAAGGGGGGGAAACAUGAAGGAGCAGGCGUUGUCCAGUUCAGUUUGUUCCUCCCUGCACUCCCUGAUGUGGUGUCACUGGGCCAUGUUGCGCAAGCGAGGAUCGCUCAUCCUGUGUGGAGCUUUCCUAUUCGUCGCCUGGAAUGCGUUGCUCCUCCUCUUCCUGUGGGGUCGUCCACCCAUUGGUCGACUGGGUGAGGGAGGCGGUGCCGAACCAGGGGGCAGGGAGGAGUGGGGCAUGGGAAAAGGCAAAGCGGGUGGGUCCAACCUGGCCGGAGAGGUGAUCCGACUGGCCGAGGAGGUGGAGUCCGAGUUGGAGACCCAGAAGAAGCUCCUGAAGCAGAUCCAGAGUCACCGAUCGCUAUGGGAACAGCAGAAGGAGAAGAAAGGGCCUGAGCAGCUCAAGCAGGACGAGAACCAGAGAGCACAGCCUCCCCAGGUGCCCCAGAAACCCAACAGCGCGGAGCACCAGAACCCCCAACCACACAAGCCAAAUCAGCAAGUCACCAGCCCACAGCCCAAACAGAAACCCAACGCAGAGGAAGAGAACAACGAACUUCCCGCGGAGAACAAAGGGGGCCCCAGCGAGUCCAACCCCCAGCCGGUUAUCCCCAUCCUUGUCAUCGCCUGUGACCGGGUGACCGUCAGGAGGAGUCUGGACAAGCUCAUCCAGUACCGCCCCUCCCCCGCGCUCUACCCAAUCAUAGUCAGUCAGGACUGUGGUCACGCAGAAACGGCUCGUGUCAUUGGCUCCUAUGGUAGUCAGGUGAUGCACAUCAGUCAGCCCGACCUCUCGGACAUUCCAGUGCGGCCGGAACACAGGAAGUUCCAGGGCUACUACAAGAUUGCCCGCCAUUACCACUGGGCCCUGAACCAGGUCUUCAGCAGGCUGGGCCAUUCCACCGUGGUCAUUGUGGAGGAUGAUUUGGAGGUGGCACCAGACUUCUUUGAGUACUUCCGUGCUCUCCACCCUGUCCUGCGCUCGGACCCGACCCUGUGGUGCAUCUCCGCCUGGAAUGACAACGGCCGGGAUGGGUCUGUGGACCCCGGCCGGGCGGACCUGCUCUACCGGACAGACUUCUUCCCGGGCCUGGGCUGGAUGCUCCUCAAGGAGAUGUGGGACGAGCUGGAGCCUAAGUGGCCCAAGGCCUUCUGGGACGACUGGAUGCGUCAGCCGGAGCAGCGGCGGGAUCGCUCGUGCGUGCGGCCCGAGAUCUCGCGCACCAUCACGUUCGGCCGCAAGGGCGUGAGCCUGGGCCAGUUCUUUGACCAGUACCUGCGCUACAUCAAGCUCAACACUGAAUUUGUGCCUUUCACCAAACGGGACCUGUCCUACCUGGUCAGGGAGCGAUACAACGAGAACUUUAUAAAGGAGGUGUACGGCGCCCCCCAGGUGAAACUGGAGGAAGUGCAUGGGGGCAGCCUAAAGGGGGCAGGCCCCUUCCGCGUGCAGUACUCCAGCCGGGACAGCUUCAAGGUGCUGGCGCGGAGCCUGGGUGUCAUGGACGACCUCAAGUCAGGGGUCCCGCGAGCAGGCUACAGGGGCGUGGUCAGCUUCAUGUCCCGCGGCCGCAGGAUCUACCUAGCGCCCCCCGAAGGCUGGACUCACUACGACACGAGCUGGAGCUGAGGGGGGUAGGGGGGUAGGGGGGUAGGGGGGGGGGGGGGGGUUAGGAUAGAGAUCUAUGACGAAGGACAUGUUGUCGAUGGACCUCGGAGCAGAGAAGCGCCUCUCAAACCAAAGAGAACAGCAGUAGAGACUAUUGGUGACUAAUAUAAGUGGUGUGAUGAAGUAUAACGUGUAUGAAAAAGAGUAGAGGUGAUGGGGCGAGGAGUAUGUGUCGGGUAUGUGCCAAUAGGCAAAUAUCGGAGAAUUGCCGAUGCCUGAGGGCAUUAUUAAAAACCAGUGUGUCCUGAGACCUGAUAGGAGACGUGAUUAGGAGGUGUAUGUGUGUGAGCGAGAGAGAGAGUCACUUGUACCUCCUCAGGCUCUGUCUCUUCUGUAGGUCAAAUCAGUUCUGGUGGAACAGCAGCUGUUUCUUCAGAUGCUCUUGUCAGCGGUGGGGCCUCUUUUGCCUUUUGUGAAAAGAGGAGCACAGUUCUCCUGAGGCCCUCGACAUGGACACACUGGGAAGACCCCCAGCUGGAUUUGAGCAGUUUAGAUCAAAUAGUCAAUAUUAUAAGUAAACUUAUGAUUAUUAUAAAAUAAUGAUUAUUGUUUAUUUUGAUUAAUGUAUUGGGGACAGAAAAAUACUUUUUUUUUUUUAAAUAUCAAACAAACAAAAAAACAUCACCCAGGCCCUUUUGAUAAAGGCUGCUCUGAUUGGUGCAAGGAGGAGGCAGGCUCAUCACCCUCAUGCAUCGUCUGUGACGUCAUGCCGGUGUCAGUAAACCAGCUUCAUGUCUAAACUGGCACUUGGUGAAUUCCCAUUACAUUCAGAAAAAAAGCUAAUAAAUGUUGGUUUGUUGCAAAACCAAUGGCUAUUGUUACUCUACAUUAUUUUUUCAAUCCACCGGAUGAUUACAUGAGUUGUUGGUGUUGAGAGUUAAAUGGUAAUAUAAUUAUAUGUACUGUACUGAGAUUUUGAAAGAAGUGUGAUUGAUUCAGAAGUCGCUCUGAUGACAUGUAAAACCACUGCCUGACAUGUUUAUAACUUUAAUACAUUGAGAAUAAAAUCCACUAUUUUGA